UAUAUAAUUUAUUUUAUUAUUAUUUACCUGUUAAUUAAUUAUUUCUUCAAAUUUUACUUAGAGUAUUUUAAUAGGUAUUUGUUUUGGUUACAUUGAAUAUUGGUUAUAAAGUAAUAGGUAUUUCCCUGAAAUGAGCGAAGAAAUUUUGUACAUCGUAUCGGAAUACGUUCAAUGGCAUGAAACUAUAGAUUUGAAAAAAUCUUCCAAGAAAAGUUCUUUAGGUAUUGUUGAUUACAUCAGUGCAUAUACAUAUUUACCCUAUUUUUCUUCAAAAACAUCUAUUUCAAAUGAUCCAACGUGGAAGUUUUGUAUUGGAGGCAAUGGUCAAGUUUUAUCUGUUGUGCAACAUAAUACGCUAGAAAUGCGUACAGAAAAACAUUAUAAUAAGAUUUUAGCUAAGGCAACAUUGCCUGAUGUAAUAUCAAAUGAUUUAUACCCAUCAAAAAGAGUAUUGUCGUGGAGUCCAGAUUGUUCAAUUUUUGCAAUUGCCACUACACAUGGUCACAUUGCUUGUUAUGAUCUUUUAGCCUCAAAUUUAUUUGUUAUUAAGUCUAUCCAAAACAGUAUUAAACAACCUACCAAUAGUAUAUUUGCCAAAGAAAUGGUAUUUUUAGAUUUGCGGACACGUUCUUCAAAAUGGUCAUAUGAGCUUAUUUUAAUUGGUGCUAAUGGAUCGUUGACUAGCUAUGCUGUAUCACCUGUGUAUGGUUAUCAAAUUCAGCAUACGUUUAAUUUUAUUCAAGUACUAGGUGCUUCGUUAUUGACAUCUGUCACAUCAUGUUUAGAUUUAUCUUAUAUAAUUACAUCUUCAAAUAUACAAAAUAAAUUGGACUUAAAUGAUUCUGGUUUAAAUUUAUGGUCAAUAAUUUCAUAUGAGCCAUAUUACAAUCCAGUUUUAUCUUCAAGUAUUAUACAGGAUGGGUUUUUAUCUAGGUUUAUUAAUACGAUAUUUCGUAAAAACAAUAAAUAUAUUAUUAAAAUGAGCUUAUCUCCUUCAUCUACAUUGUUAGCGUGUUUAUAUGGAACCAGAACAGUUAGCAUUUGGAAUUUUCCAGAAAUAAGUAUUUGCAAGAAUUGGUCUAUAAAUGAUCAAAAAGAGUUGGGUGGCAUUGUCGAUAUUGAGUGGUGGUGUAACGAGCUUCUAAUUUUGGGUUGCUUUGAUGGCACUCUUAUCAUUUGCCGUGAAAAAGGUCAACAGAGUGUAGUUAUUACUAAAAUGAAUCCUUUUAAUUUCAAAUUAUGUGGUUCAUAUAAUAGCAAUAAUUUUGUUGUUGCUGAUUAUGAAACAAUAGAGUCUGUCAAUAAUUCUCAGGAUUGUAGUGUAAAUGCCAAACCAGCUACAGCUAAUGUGUACAAAUUAAUUGCUGUAACCAAAACUACUCCUCAAGAAUUACUCAUGAAAAAAAUACAGGAAAAGCAAUAUGAUGAUGCAUUACAACUUGCAUUGAAAUAUAAUUUAGAUAAAGAUUUAGUUUAUAAACAUCAAUGGUGUAAUAGUUCAGUUCUAGAAGAAACUAUUAAUAAUAUUUUGAGCAAAGUAUCUGAUAAACAAUGGAUUAUAUACGAGUGUUGCAAUAGGGUUUCUGAAACAUUAACUGGAGCAAAGCAAUUGAUCGCAUAUGGUUUAGAAAUAACGGAUUUCUCUGCAUACCUAAGUAUAGAAUCUAGAAACACUGUAGGUACAUUUAGUCAAGAAGGUAAAGAAUUUAUCAUAUCAAGAUUAAAACUUUUAAAUUACUCUGAUAAACUAACUACUUAUGAAAUGAUCUUAAAAAAAAUGGAUGGUAACAGUGAAGCUCUUUACAGCGCUCAAACUUAUAAACAUCUUAGGGAAUUGAGUCCUUUACAGUGGGCUAUGCAAUUAGCUAGACAGUGCCAAGUUGACGCAGUUUCUAUUGUUUUUACCUACUACAGUGAUCAUGUUCUUCCAUAUUGGUUGGACAUAUUGAAUGAUUUUCCAGAGACACUAAUGCUCAAGUUAUACAGACAUUUAUUGCCAGUAUGGGAUCCAUCUGAAAAAAAAGUGAUACUUUUAGAAUCAAAAAUCUUAAGAGAACUUGAUUGGUGUGAGUCUGAUAGAUUUAAAUUAUUAACUGGCACUUUUGAGAAUAUAAAAACUGUAUUUUUAACUGAACACGAUCUCAUUCAUUGGUAUACAAUAAGAAUUAGAAAUAUUGAGUUAUGUACAAGAUUAGUUCAACAUACAUUAGAAAUGGCUACCAUUGCUCGUGAAAACAACAUUAAGGGAUUAGAACAGUUGCAUGAAGAUUUAUCCGUUCUAGAAGUCUUGGUAUAUGAAGUCGGCUUAGAGAAUAUGUUCUUGGAAGAUAUUGAACAAUUGAACACCCUAGAAAAAGCAUCAUUGUUUAUGUCAAAAUGUGAUGAAAAUUUAUUCUUGAAUAAUUUAACAAACUAUUUCUUACCAUUUAUUCAAACUAAAGCAAAUACAUUUUAUUUGUUGGAACAAUAUCUAAUACAGACAAGUCAAAGUUGUUUAAAAAAAUUGUCACUGUAUUUUGAAUAUGUUCAAAUUAAUGGUUGGUGCAUAAAUAUAUCAGAUGAAACAAAAAUAGAUCUAGGACUUAAAUGCAUUUAUACUUAUACAGGAACUGAUCAAUUAGAUGAGGCACAAAGCAUAGUUUUGUCAUUGUUAAAAAGUAUAAAAAACACUAUUGAAAACAAACCUAGUAUUAAAAAACUUGAAGAUACAAGGCAAAUUAUAAAUGCUUCAAAAUUAUUACUUACAUAUGGUAUUAGACAUCCUCUCAAAGUGUUAAUUGACAAUUUAACCAAUAGUGAUUUUUUUCGAAAAGUCAUAAUAUCUAUUUGUGAAUAUACAUCAAUAAAAAAUCAAACUGAAAAGUAUUGGUCAAAUAUACUUAGUGAUUUGUUAAAAAUAGCAGAGUUUUGUUUUCCAACACUUUCAACUGAAAUAUGUUAUGAGGAGUAUGUAAAAAUGCUGUUGGGUAGUCAAAAUCAAAAAAUAAUACCAUUGAGUAAAGAUAUUUUAUUGGGUAAAUUACCAGUGCAUUUGAGUUUAAAGCUUGUUAAAGAUUCAUUUUAUAUGUAUUUUGAUCAAUCAAAGUCUUUUAAUGAUGCAUCAAUGGCCUUAGCAAAAUUAUGUUUACAAAUUAUACCUGAUGUUGAAGAUUUACUAGUACACGAAUGGAAUUUAAUUUCUGCUAUGACAAUAUUUAAUACUCUCAGUACCAAAUUACUUCCAGUCCAAGUGCGUCAAUGUAAAAAUAAAUGGAAAUUGAUUGACAUUACUUUAUCUUCUAAACCAAACAAUUACACAUUAUUGAAAAAAUUGAUAACAUUAGCUAGCAAGUUAGAUAUUAGAUGUCAUGAAAACUUUAUUUCUACCGAAUCUAAUAUUUUAUUCAAAUGUGCUAUGGCUGCAUAUCAAGUUAAUGAUUUGAAAUUUGCUUCUAAAAUAUGUGUUCAAUUGAUGGACAAAAAUGAACCAUCAGUAUGGCCAUUAUGCAUUGAAUUAGGAGUACAUAAUGAUAUUAUUGAUAUUAAUUUGAAAAUAAAAGUAUUGUCAUUUGCUGUGCUUAAUUGUCCUGUGGAAAAAAUUGUUUCAAUUAUUGAAUUAAGGAAAUUGUUGGAGAACGAAAAUACUGAACAAUUAACUGGAUUUGAUUCUCAAUUAGAUGUUCCAAUAAUUAAAAAUAUCAAUUAUCUUGCUGUAUCAAAUAAUGAUAGUUCAUUACAUUUAAAUUGUUCUAAUUGUGUUGAAGUUGGACUAUCACAUGAUGAGUUAUUGUCUAAUUUAAGUGAAUUGCUUACAAUCUCUUAUAAUCAUUCAAAUUAUGACAAAGUUUUGGCUAUUUAUGGUUUCAAAUAUCUUGGAUAUGAUUCAAAAAUGUCAGUAUUAUGUUUUUUGCAUAUAUCAGACGAUGAUAUUGUAGAUGAGUGUUUCAAUCAUUGCGAAGGUGUUCUUAGUACUAAACUAGCCCUAUAUAUUUAUGCAUUACGUUAUGCACAUAAAUUUAUGGUUGAUGUUGAUAUUUUCAAAUUACCUACUGAUCAAUUAAUUAAAGAAGUUAUGUCUGAUCUUGAUGUUAAAUCUUCAGUAUUUGAUCCGAAAAAAGAACAAUAUUUACGUAAAUAUGCAUUGUUGUAUAGUAAAUGUGCAAAAGGUUUGGAUUUGAAUGUAAGCCCAGAAGAAAUGAACAAAGAACUUAUAAGAAUGGCUAGAACUGGCCAAAUAAAACAUCUGGAAAAUGCACUGGAAAUAUGCAGUAGGCAAUCAUUAGAUAUAAAUGAUAAAUUACUGUUAGAAUUUUUAAAACAUUGUGUACACACAAUACCUGCAAGAAAUAUUGAAGAAAUCUUAACAACAAUGACAUUUAAUAGUUUGAUUCAAAAUAACCAACAAUUUAAUAAUAGUCUUAUGCUCGAAGUUUAUGAAGACGUGCCAGGAACUAACCAUAAUGUUUUGAUUGCUUACUAUACUGUUUUAAAUUUUAUCAAUCCUAAUGAUCAAAGGCAGUUUGAAGAUGAUAUGACACCUAUUCAACAUAUUAAACUGCUGAAGAGAGUUCAUAGUACUAUUCCAGAUAUUGAUUACAAGUUAUUGUUAAACCCUGAAACUACGUAUGAAACAUUUUCCAUAGCCCAACAAACCGGGUGUAGCGCUCCUGUACUAAAUAGGUUGUUAAAAAGUCUACCAGAGAAAAUACAACUUUGUAUUAAACUAUCUCGCUCUACAUCUUCAGUGUCUGAUGACUGCCAAGAUAAUAUAGAUUUCAACCAGUUAAUAGAACAGAUUAAAUCACCAGCUGAUGUUGAUAAAAUUGUUAAGCUUUUAUCCCAGACAAAAGAUUUUAAUGAAAUAUGGGUUGAAGCUGUGAAGCGGUUAUUAGUGUUUCAACCUCAUGAGUUUCGAAUCUCAAUAUCUGUACUAAAAUAUACCUGUAGUAAACACAAUUUCACUAAACAGGAAUUAGAAGAUUUAAGUAGUAUUCCAAAUGUAAACAAUAUUUUACUUUAUUUACUGUAUUUAUUAUCUGGUGAAAGUUCUGUAGAAGCAGCUGCUAUAAGUUAUUUUCAAACUAACCACGAACUACCUGAUUUGGUAUUGGACACUAUUCUUGAAUAUGGUCUGGUAGAACAAUUGGUUGAUUGUGAAGAGAUGAUGAACAAUCUUACACGUCGAGCAUUAGCCGGAAAUAGUGGAAAGAAUUGUCGAUUAGUCUGUGAGCAGUUAGCAUCUACUGGGCGUAGUUUGUUGGCUGGUUCAUUAUAUUUAACUCAUAAUAAUGUGCCAUCUGCAUUGAGAACCAAUGUGGCUGCAAGAGAAAUAUCUGAAAGUUAUUUAGGCAGAAAUACUAAAGAUAAGUGAUAUAUUUAUGUGUUGUUAUUUAUGAAUGAUUAAUGCAAUGCAUUCAGAAAUUUUUAUUUAUUAAUUGUAUUUUGUAUUUAUUAUGAUUUGAAGAAUAAAUAAAAUUAUAUAAAUGUA